AAUUCUGCUGUGGGCAUCAGUUUCCUUUUAAAUUACAGGUCUUCUUGUCUCUUCAAUAUUGCUAAUAUUUUUAUUUUAUUAGACGUCUACCCCACCUUAAAAUUAAAAAAAAAAGUUCAAGACAGUUUGUAAACACAAUUUUAAAACCACAACGAACCUAUUAAGCUGCCUUAUACUGAGUCAGACCAUUGGUCCAUCUAGCUACUGUCUACCCUCACUGGCAGCAGCCCUCCAGGGUUUCAGACAGGGAUCUUUUCCAGUCCCCCUGGAGAUGCCAGGGCUUGAACCUGGGACAUUCUGCAUGCAAAGCAGGUGCUCUAAAACGGAUCUAUGGCCCCACUCCCUCAUAAUAAUAAUCAACAAUAAAUGAACUCUUUUAAAAUGUAAACCUAAAGUCAUCUUAAAAAAAAAAAAGCAAGCACAAAAAUAAUGAAUGAGACCCAGAAGAGCAGGAGCAAUUCCCUCCUUUUGAACAUACGCUAGUCUUUGGAAAGAUAUUUGGGGUUGUAGAGAGUGAUCUGCUCUCAGUGUUUAAAAAUGUCAAACGUUGUUGCAGAUCUAUAUUUAGGGAUAUGAACACCUCCUCCCUCCCAUGAAUCAGAAUUUUGGUGAAAAUGUAUUGCAGUUUUUGGAGUUCCAAAAUUGUAACAAACGGAAGCCACUUAACUAGAAAGUGAUUUUCUUGCAACCUCCCUUAACUUGGUUUUGUUUUGUUUUUUAAAUUUGAUCAUUUCAAAACUUUUUGUAGCCAUUUGCCCAGAGCCAUGGCCACAGGGGGGUCUGGCCCUCAAUGGCAUUUUAAGCCCCCUUUCUGAAUUUGAUUUAUCUCUUUGAAAAUAAACAUGUAAAUGUCUAGCCCCCUUUUUUUUAACUUAUGGAGAGAGAAGAGAGAAGGUAAGAAAUCAUAAUAUUAUGCCUGUUGCUCACUUAGAAGCAAAAACUAUGACCACCUUCCAGUGUUUGGCCCAUGAAUACAAAGGCACUGAAAUAACACCAAGCCCUUGUUUUUAAGGUUUAUUUCAUUAAUAUUCAGUACAAAUAAAUAUGUAAACAUAUUUGCCAUUACUGUCCAGACUGUACUGAAUUUAUUCAGACCUACCACACAUGGUCUGUGGGUCCUCUUUGAUUUGAUUUGAAUGAUUGUGUGAACUGGGCCUUAAGGAAAGUUUUUUAAAUCAAGGGUGUGCAUGUAAAAAAAAAAAUCAUAUGGGACUCCAUUUGUUUUCAUCAUUUAUAUUUUAAUUUAUUUUGGAACUAUUUGGGCUUUGAGUCAUUUACUUUGGGAUCAGUGUUCUCUCUAACAGCGAACUCCAUAUGUGGUUGACUACAACUCCCAUAACCCCCAAGCAAAAGCCAUUGCAGCUGGGGAUUCUGAGAGUUGUAGUCAACAACAUCUGGGAAUCCCACUUAGAGGGAACACUAUUUGGCACUCUUUGGAAGGUCCUGAUUCAUUUCUGUAUGUUUCUAUUAAAAAUACCUUUACUUGAAACAUAGGAAGCUGCCUUAUACUGAGUCAGACCAUUGGUCCAUCUAGCUCAGUACUGUCUACACAGACUGGCAGCAGCUUCUCCAAGGUUUCAGGCAGGAGUCUUUCUCAGCCCUGUCUUGGAGAUGCCAGGUGGGAACUUGCAACUUUCUGCAUGCAAGCAUGCAGGUGCUCUUCCCACUGCUUGAGGGGAAGCUCUUACAGUGCUCACACAUGUAGUUUCCCAUUCAAAUGCAAACCAGGACAGACUCUGCUUAGCAAAGGGAACAAUUCAUGCUUGCUGCCACAAGUUCAUAUCUCCUCCCAGGACAAUAUGGGACAAAAAUACGUCCCAAACCCUGAAACCACUUGGUUUCACAGUCACCUGCAUUAGCGGUGGCAGGAACUGCAGUGCACAACAACCUCUAGGUGAGUACCAUCUUGAAUACCCAUUCAGAAUGGAGUUUCUUCCACCAGGCGUAUAGAUGGGGUUGAAAACUAAGUAAAAGUAAUAGGUUUUUAAAAUAUUUUUUACAUCCCCACAAGUAAAUCAUUGGUUCCAAAAGCAAAUCCCUUUUGUACUCAUCACAUUCAUUUCAGAACAUAUAGAAAACAAAUAGAAUGAGACUUGUUUCCCCCCGAAAAAACAAAUGCAUACCCCUCAUUUUUGUGAGUGGUCAGAAGUAGGGUUUGUGAGUGGUCAGAAGUAGGGUUGCCAUGCCCCCCGGAAUUCCGGAUUUCACCUGGAUUUUAAGCGUCUCAUCCAGUUUGCUUAGCUCACUCAGAUUCGCCCGGAUUUCAGCUUUCUUUCUUUCUUUUUAAAGCUAAGCUCUAGCCCUUGUAAAAGUGGAGUUCUGGAGCAAAACAUGCAGUCCUUAUUCUGCUCAAAAAGUAUUUUCAAGCCAGUUUACACAAUAUGCAAAUUAGGCACCCGGACUUGGAAAGCCAGAAUACAGCAACCCUAGUCAGAAGGCCAGGGUCAGUCUGGGCCUGUACAAUUUCUGAAUGAAUAUAGAAACAAGGGAAGCUGUGGCUAUUCCCCAGACACCCUUUGCUGGUUGAACAGCUGGGAUUUCUGCUGCUGGGAUCUAAAAACAUUCAUUUUCUGGUCCUGUGGAGUCCUAAUGUUAUGCAGCACCCAAUGAAAAUGUUGCUCUUAGUUUUGCGUUUUGGAUGUGGGUGAGAGGAAUCCUUGCCCGCCGUCCCAACUUUGACUUACUGAAGCUUUGCCUGUUAGUAGCUGAUUUACCGAGCAAGGAGACACCAGUGCAGCCAGAGAGCAGCUGAUCAGCACUUCCCAACUAAUCAGGGCCCUCUCCUCGGUGGCCCCUUGGAGUGAAGGAGAUAAUGAAGAAAAUAGGGAGGGGUGGAGCCGGGGGGGCCUUCAGGAGUUGGGGCCCCCCGGGUUCUUUGAACCCAUCCGCUCAGUUAUAGCUACACCCCUGCAACUAACUGAACCAGUGUGCCAGGGAAGGGAAUGUUUGACGACCUUCUCGCCUUCCUUGGGAAGUCCUCUGUGCCACCUGAAAAUGUGUCCCUGUGGAAGACAUAUUUUCAGGUGGCCCCAAAGGCUUCUUGGGGAAGGGAAAGGUGUUGAAAGUUGCCCCUUCACUGUAGCCCUUCAUAGUCCUCCAGCCAAGAUCAAGAAAGAACCACAGAGCCCAUGUUCAGAAGCAUCCGGGUCCUGCAGGCACAGACAGCCUUUUCAGUACCGCAGCCGGGAGCAGUGCCUUUAUGCCAGGCAAGACUCGAACUUCAUGAGCCCCCACGGGCCACCCCAGGCUGCGCCCAGCCGGGUGUACCUUAUGGAACAAAGCCCGUCGUACCAGCUGCCUACUGAGACAGGCCAAUCCUUCUCCACCUCUCAGUCGGCCUUGGGAUCUGACCCUCCAGUUGCUUAUCAGCGCCCACUCUCUGCCCCCUGCCUGCCAUACCCUCCGCAGGGCUUCAAGCAAGAGUUCCAUGACCCUAUGUAUGAACAGGCGAACACCCUGGGGGCCAGUAGCAGCUCCCAGUACACAGCAGGAAUGGUGAUCAAGCAAGAACAGAUGGACUAUGCAUAUGACACAGAUGUUCCGAGCUGCCAUUCAAUGUAUGUGAAUGUGGAAGGAUUCCCGGGACAUCCCAACCCUGAUGGGUACAGUUAUGAAAAACAGAUGCGGCCAUUUGCGGAUGAUGUUUGUGUUGUCCCAGAGAAGUUUGAAGGGGACAUCAAACAAGAAGGGGGUGGCUAUCAGGGCCCUCCUUAUCAGCGGCGAGGAUCUCUGCAGCUCUGGCAGUUCCUGGUGGCCUUGUUGGAUGAUCCCAGCAACUCCCACUUCAUUGCCUGGACGGGCCGGGGAAUGGAAUUCAAACUCAUUGAACCAGAAGAGGUAGCACGACUUUGGGGCAUCCAGAAGAACCGCCCAGCCAUGAACUAUGACAAACUGAGUCGCUCGCUUCGUUACUAUUAUGAAAAGGGCAUUAUGCAAAAGGUGGCCGGCGAGCGUUACGUCUACAAGUUUGUGUGUGAGCCUGAAGCACUGUUCUCCUUGGCCUUUCCCGACAAUCAGCGCCCGUCCCUGAAGGCUGAGUUUGAGUGGCAUGUUAGUGAGGAAGACACAGUGCCUCUCUCCCACCUGGACGAGGGUGUCGCCUACUUGCAAGAUCUGGGGGGACAGCCUUAUGGGAAAGGCUACACAUAUUAACUGGCCACAGAUGGGACAGUUCAGAUGUGGGCAAUUUUGUUGUGUGUGUGUGUGUGUGUACAUAUAAAUAUAAAUAUAUAUAUAUAAGUGAAGAUGCUUGUCAGUAAUCACCGAUAUAGAGUAUUGCCUUCGCUCUCCUAGAGCUGAAUCAGAAUGUAAAGUGAACUGCUUUUGAAGAGAGGCAGUGUAUCUGGUACCUGGAGAGCAGGGCUUGGACUUGGGUUCAAAUCCUGCCUUAGCCAUGGAUUCACUGGGUGCCUUUGGGCAUGUUGCUUUUCUUUCAGCCUCCAUGGGCAAGGAGCAGUCACCUACCUCACAGGGAUGUUGUGAGGACAGAUAAGAUAAAUAUUGUAAAGCACUUUGUACAUUUUUAAAAAAUGUUCUCUUGGUGAUUAAAAGCAAUUAUAUUAAGUUUUGAACUAGGGAGAAGCAAGGUUCCCUGGUGUGAAUAGGAUGCUCCCAGAUUUGCAUUGGUAUACUCCAAAUUCAGAACAGCCUUUUGAUGGCUGAACAGGUGUCUCUGCUUGGAUUACAGAUCCUUUAGAGAGGAGGAGACUUUGCACCAGACAGGGCAGAACCACCCGUCAUGCAAAGCACUUGACAGCCAAAAGGGUUGGACUGCGACUAUGGUGUAACUGGCUGAGGGGGAAAGUCUGUUCCCACUGCGUGCUAUAGUUGAGUUCCCUCCAUUCUCCACCAUAAGGGGCCAGCUGGGCUGGAUCAGAGGCUGCCUGGAAACUCCACAUAUGCUACCUGGCAUUCUAGCACUACGGUCGCAAGCAUGAAUUGUCCUCUUUGCUAAGUAGGGUCUGUCCCAGUUUGCAUUUGAAUGGGAGACUACAUGUGUGAGCACUGUAAGAUAUUCCCCUUAGGGGAUGGAGCCGCUCUGGGAAGUAGUGGUGUGCGUGGUCCGGUAGAAGCGUGAUCCGGCACUUGUGGGAGUGUCUCUUUAAGGGUGGUGGUGGUAGUACUUACCCCGCCCCCCGCCGCUCUCCCCCCUCCGGCGCUGGUGCUUUUAAAAAUCUUCUUGGGGCGGCAGAGUUCCUCCCUGCCGCCCCUGCCCCCGUCGUUGUCCGUCUAUGCCUUAAACGAAGAAGAGCUGGCGGAGCGCAUGCGCCCUUGGCGGCGCGCGUGCUUGUCUCCGCCGCGGGUGCGCGCGCGCCCGCAGCAGAGACGAGCGCGCGUGCUGCGAAGAUUCCCUCCCUCGCAUCUCCAGUUGGAGCUGAGAGAAAGACCCCCGCCUGCAACCUUGGAGAAGCCACUGUCAGUCUGUGUAGACACUACUGAGCUAGGUGGACUAAUGCUCUGACUUGGUAAAUGGCAGCUUCCUAGGUUUCUAUCAACGUAAUAAAUUCAAGUUGUAUUUAUUUCUAUCUUGUCCUGUGAGGCAAAGCAGUCUGAUUGUUUGGGAUACCUCAGAACAGAGCAUUCUUGGCUGUAUUUUUGUUUUUUUGAUAAAUGAAUAGCUUGAUGACUGGGAUGAGCACCAGAACCUGGCUGUUUGAGGUUUGGGUGGCUUACCACUCACUCCCAUCCCAUUUAGUCCUAUUAUAUGAAGCAUUCCCGUUGGAUUGUUUGUGGGUGCUUUGGAAUAAGCAUUCUGGGCUGCUUUUUCAAUAAACCAGGAGGUGGGUUUUUCUAGUGAUUGCA